AUGGGGGACCAACCUUGUGCCUCCGGGAGAUCCACGCUCCCACCAGGCAAUACACGGGAACCCAAGCCUCCAAAAAAGCGCUGUGUCCUGGCUCCGCGGUGGGAUUAUCCAGAAGGGACUCCCAGUGGAGGUGGUACCACUCUCCCCUCGGCGCCUCCUCCUGCAUCUGCUGGACUGAAGUCGCACCCUCCUCCUCCGGAGAAGUAGUGAAAUAGAUUUUUCCCAGCCUAAAUCAGUCUUUGACAGGUUGCAGUAUGACGUCAUUUCCUUGGUGCAUUUGUAAAAUACUUCACCCACUGAAGACCAUGACUCUUUCCAAUGCUACCCUGCUUUUGCUGGUGACCUGCACCUGGAAGUUGUGAUGCUAAAGGCUCAUCUUAUAUUUUCUACCCCAUUGACCAUUUCACUAUUUGACUGUGCUACUGGGAGAUCGUAUUUGCAAACUGAGACAUUGUACCAGGUGCCCAUACUGCAAAAAUAAGAUGUCUAAGUCACCCACUAAAGGCAUAAACCAGUUUGGUAUUUCAGGCCUACAGCUGGAUCAACGCCCUUGUACUUAUUAGAGGGACAUCGCAUCAACAAGAGGCCUUUUGGACCACAUCAAUAGAUGGACAGGGAAAGAGUUCUAGCUGUGAUCUGUGGCCAUCCAGAGGGAAGGUAUUAUGAUGUAAUGACUGUGAUUUCACCUCCAGAAUUUGGAUGAAUUUAGGACGUGGGCAAGAUCGGGUUGUAGACUUCUAGGACUGAAGGCCAUGGUGUGUGUGGAUCAUGGUAAACUCACCAAAGCAAGUAAUGCCCUUGAGAUGGUCCUGCAGAAGCCAAUCAUUGCUUUCUUUUGUUGAUACCCAGUCUUUACUGUAUUACAUUCAAAUUGCAUAAAUCCAUUAAUGUCCAAAUAAAUUUUGUCUUGUUGCUGUGUUAGA